AACUCCUCAUCUCACACGACCUUCUCCAUCCAACUCCUCCUCUCACGCCCUCUCCUUCCAACUCCUCUCCAACAAACCUCUCUCUGGCGAACUCCUCUCCGUGAACCUCUCCUCCAAACUCCUCUCCGUCAGGACCGCGGGAAAAAUUUCCUCACCUUAUUCCUUCACCUUUUUCGAUCUACACGCUCGGGGCCCAGUUUGGAUAUAAAUCCUACGACUGAGCAAGGACGACUGCUAAGCCUCACGCGGUAAGUACACGCAUAGUAUUUUAGUUUGUGUUCCUUUCCCCUUCCCUUCCCUUUCUCUUCCUUUGCAAAGCCUAGGGUUUUGGUGCGAAUCGAAGCGCUUCCUGCUCGCGCUGCGCGAGACCAAGGAGGAGCGGGAGGCCCGGAUCCGGAGCCUCUUUGGCUUCUUCAACAAGGCAGGGCUUGGCUACCUCGAUUAUGACCAGAUCGAGACUGGCCUGUCCGGUCUCAACAUCCCCGCUGAGUACAAGUACGCUAGGGAUCUCCUUAAGGUUUGCGACUCCGACCGCGACGGGCGGGUCGAAUACCAGGAGUUCCGUAGGUACAUGGACGGCAAGGAGCUCGAGCUCUAUCGAAUCUUCCAGGCCAUCGAUGUCGAGCAUAAUUGCCCGAGGAACUCUGGGAUGCCCUCAUCGAGAGGUUGAUUUGGCUAUGGAAACAGAUAUGGAUCGCGAUAAGGGCCCUCAGAAGAUGUCAAAUGGUGCACCAUUAGAGAAGGAAACGGAUGACACACUCAUGGAGAAGGAAACUGACAGUUUCAAGCAUGGGCGAAAAGAAGGGUGUCGACAUGGAGGAGGGAUCACUAGAGCUUGGCAUGGGUGGAUACAGGACAGUCGAGAUCAGUACACUAAGGAGCGUCUGGAUUUAGUAAUUGAUCAGUACACUAAGCGUCUGGAUUCAGUAACUACUGUACUGUUUUGAGUAAACAGAUUGUUGGCUACUUCUUCAGUAUUCAGUAUUUAGUAUUCAGUAGCAACUUCUUCAGUAUUCAGCUUGUUGGCUAAAUAGAUUGUAGCUGUUCAAAACAGAUUUUUUGUGCUCUUUUGUUUUAUAUAUGAAUAUCACUAUCUACUUUGAAA